UGAAAACCCCAGCAAGGGUUGGUGUGUGUGUGUGUGAGGUUUUUCCCUGACCCCGGGAUCUCACAGCUAAACCGAGGGAGCCCAGAAGGAAUCCGGAGGAUCUAGCUAGUUGACCUUUCCAUACACUCGGGAGGGAUUCGGUCUCUAAUUCAGAUCAGUUCUGGAGUUAGAAACCCACGAUGUCCACCCUGAAGCUCCCCGGCUAGGAAUCUGCCUUGGGACACACCGCUGCCCCUUUUAAACCUGGCUGCCCCAGCCCAGAAUGGCUUUGUGCCUCAGCCAAGUUUUCAACAAAGACAAAACCUUUCGCCCCCGUAAGAAAUUCGAGCCCGGCACCCAGCGGUUUGAGCUGUACAAGAAAGCCCAGGCCUCUCUCAAAUCUGGGCUGGAUCUGAAGACUGUGGUCCAGUUGCCACCUGGGGAGAAUAUCAAUGACUGGAUAGCGGUGCACGUGGUUGACUUCUUCAACAGGAUAAACCUUAUCUAUGGGACGAUGUCGGAGUUCUGCACCGAGAAGAGCUGCCCCAUCAUGUCCGGUGGGCUCAAAUAUGAAUAUAGGUGGCAGGAUGAUCAUAAGUACAAGAGGCCGACCAAACUAUCGGCACCCCAGUACAUGUGUAUGCUGAUGGAAUGGAUUGAGAUGCUCAUUAACAAUGAAGACAUCUUUCCUACCAGGAUCGGAGUCCCCUUCCCCAAGAACUUCCAGCAGGUGUGUACCAAGAUCCUCACCCGCCUCUUCCGAGUCUUCGUCCACGUCUACAUCCAUCACUUCGAUAGUAUCAUCAGCAUGGGCGCCGAGGCCCAUGUCAACACCUGCUACAAGCACUUUUACUACUUCAUCAAAGAGUUCAGCCUCAUUGACCACCGGGAGCUGGAGCCUUUGAAAGAAAUGACAGAGAGAAUUUGCCACUGAGACGAUUUCUGCCGAGAAGUCCGUCUGUCUCCCCCGGAGCCCACUUGCAACGCGGAAUGCUGGACAAUCUGACUCUGAGGUCUUGCUGUGGAGAUU